AACCUGUCCGGCGGAAGUUGUGCUCACGGCAUUAACACAAAAGAAAUGACGAGCGGUAUCGGCAAACACAAGAUACUGAAUGUGGGGCCGACAGAGCCAUGGUCAGUCAGGGAGAAACUGUGCCUGGCCUCCUCUGUUAUGAGGAGUGGAGACCAAAACUGGGUGUCUGUAAGCAGAGCCAUCAAGCCUUUCUCAGAGCCCGGCCGUCCACCUGACUGGUUCUCACAGAAGCACUGUGCCUCACAAUACUCCGAGCUGCUCGAGGCCACAGAAGCACCAAAGCGAAAGCGUGGUGAGAAGGGUGAGGUGGUGGAAACCAUUGAAGAUGUCAUCGUUCGUAGGCUAACCACAGAGAGGAUAGAGGAGCUGAAAAAGCUACUGCGGGACACACAGGAGAAGUACAGGAAGUUGAAGAAGGAUGUGGAUAUGAUUCAGACGGGUCACAUGGACUCCCAGCUGAAGGAGCAAUUGGCAGACAUAACACUAAAGAAGAAGCAGGCUGAGGACGAAGCAGAACAGAAAAGGAAAGCCACAGAAACAGCGUUUCAAGCUCGUCAGGCGAUGAAGAACACGCCUAAGCGUCUGCCCAGUGUGACCGUGCGUUCUCCUCUGGGUGCCAGCCCCCCCACCAUGGACUCUCAGAUCGACUCUUCAAUCCCCAUGGCGUCCCUGGAUACAGGAAGUGUGGCCUCCGAUGACACCACCCCCACCUCCACCCUCUCAGUUGCCCAGGGGGUCGGGGUGUUUCUCCCUGCGGUGGAUGCGUCAGGGCCCAAAGACGGAGGCCUGGUCGCUCUGAUGGACGACUCCCCGCAGAAGAGGCUCCUCGCCCAGAAGUCCACGCCGCCGCCCUCGCCUCUCCUGUCAGAACUGCUGAAGAAAGGCAACCUCAUCUCAGCCAGCCCCCGCCUGGUUGGGGAGACAGACUCUGCAGGGAGCCUCACCAACGGAGUACAGACAGCCACUGUAGCCACUGCCUUACCACCGGCUCAUGAUGUCAUCACAGAGGGUGAAGCAGAAGCUGCAGUGAAGACGGAGCUUGGGGCGGAGGCGGGGCUAGUGGAAGAGGACCUCGUCGCUGUGUCCUACAUGGGAGAUGAACUGGACCUGGAGACCGUCGGAGACAUCAUCGCCAUCAUAGAGGAGAAGGUGGAUGACUCUGUGGAGGUGUUGGAUGCAGCAGCAGUGGAAGCCGCUCUCUCUCUGUGUGAAGAGGCCGGCUCAGAGGGACACACCCUCCCCGGCCCCUGGGAGACCCAGGCCUCAGACGCAGGGCCCUCUGUCCCAGACUCUGACCCCUCUCAGGAGCCUCAGGAUGGGGCCGCAAUGUCGGCCCUGAUGCCUGCAGGCAUGGAGAGCCAGAAUCAAGCUGAGGCUAAAAGAGAACAGCAGCUAAAGGGAAACUGUGAGGGACCGGAGGCGACAGGAAGUGAUGUCACUUCUUCUGUCACCUCUGACGACUGUGCGACAGGGAGUGAGGUCAUGGAGGAGGGUGCAGCGGGGAAGGAUCCAACUGAAGCCACGAUCAAAAGUGAAGGAGAGGAAUGGAGCCAGCCUGAGCCCAACCCCCCCUGCCUCGACUCUGAGGACAGCUCUGUGUCUGGGAGAGAGUCCAAGGAGGUGAAGGAGGAGGAGGUGGGGAGUGAUGGCGACCCAGACGAGGGGAUGGAGCUGAAGGAGGAGUGUGGGGAGGGGGAGGGUCCCUAUCUGUCCGAGGUGGAGCGGGCAGCCAGCGAGAGUGAGGACGGGUACGGCCCCCACUCCCAGCGCUACACAGCGGACUCUCUGGCCAGCAGCCCGGCCUCUUCCUCACAGCUAUCUACCUGUGGAGAGGACCAGGAGGCGGUGCAGGCCCAGAAGAUCUGGAAGAAAGCCAUCAUGCUGGUGUGGAGAGCCGCAGCCAACCACAGGUACGCCAGUGUCUUCCUGCAGCCUGUGUCAGAUGACAUCGCCCCUGGCUACCACAGCAUUGUACACAGACCCAUGGAUCUGUCGGCCAUCAAGAAGAACAUCGAGUCGGGCGUGAUCCGCACCACGGCCGAGUUCCAGCGCGACAUCAUGCUGAUGUUCCAGAACGCCGUCAUGUACAACUCGUCGGACCACGACGUGUUCCACAUGGCGCUGGAGAUGCAGCGGGACGUCCUGGAGCACGUGCAGCAGUUCCUGGCCACGCAGCUCAUCAUGCAGACCUCGGAGAGCGCCAUCUCCGCCAAGAGCCUCCGCGGCAGGGAGGGCAACCGCAAGCCCGGAGAGCCGGCCGAGAAGGACAGUGUCCCAAUGGCCUCUCCUGCUUUCCUUCUCUCUCUCUUUGACGGAGGCACCAGAGGUCGCCGUAGUGCCAUGGAGGCCGAUCUCAAAAUGAAGAAAUGAACUGAUUUCAGAGAAAAAGACACUUAGAAAGACUCAGAAGGUGGAGCUGAAUAUUCACCGUUUUCUGGAGAGGACUGUGCAAUCUCUGUGUGCCUGGUGUGUAUAUGUACACACUUAAUGAUCUGUACUUUGAGUAUAUGUGGAUGGUAUGUGUCAGUGUGUGUGUGAGCUGCACAGGUCCCCUGUUCACUCCACUUUCCUCCAAGUAUCAUUUCACCAGCAAAGGUAGUAGCUCAUCAUUUCCCUCCGCUGAGAUGGAACACUGAAGAACUUUGAGAUGGGAAAGAGAAAGAUUUUCACCAGCAAAAGUCUGUUUGCGAUCGAAUGACGAGGAUUUGAUCAUGUUGAAUGGUGGAUGCAUUAAUACUAAGUCCGUUGAUUGAGUGAUUUCUAUGAGUGCCCUGCACCAAACUGUGUGUGACUGCGUGGGCUGAAGAAAAUACACAUGACGGCAACAGCAACCAGGAUUGAAACGUCACAAAUCAUUAUGUACAGAUUCAAAACACUACUACUAUUUCCAGUUCUGUUAAAUUGAUCACUUGAAAUGUAUCUCACAUCUUUAUAACUGGACUUGCAGCAUGGAACAAGAGUGUUUUUUAUUAAGGGACAGUUUGGAUGUUAUGAAGUAGGGUUGUAGGACUUACUUCAACAUAGUCACCUACUGUAGAUGGUCAGCACGCAUACCGGAGAUACAGAGAGCAGGAAGCGGAGUAAUGGACUGCAGUGGACAGCAAAUCAUAUUUUAGCCGCCUAAAGGACAUGUUGUCAUUUGACCCUAACAAGGGCCUGAGUUUCCAUUCAUUCAAAAGACGAUGUAAUGUGUCUAAAUAAAGCAACUUCAUAGUAUAACCCAAACAUCUAAAAAUAAUUACCAAAAGAAAGUACAGAAAACAAGCAAGCUAUUAGUGAAAGUGGUGAAAUUGGACCCGCCAUGUAAAGAUGAUAACUUAACUAACAGUGAGUAAACACAUUGUUCACAGCGCUUUGUUUAUGCUGUAGUGAGAUGAAUGGAAACUGUUUGAAGGUAGGGAUCAGAAGAACACAAUCUAUUCUUUGUAAAAAUAAUUGGCUGUAAUGUAAAUUAGGUGUUUCACCGAGUGUGUUAAUGGGAUGAAAAGUAGGAUGUGGAGUUUGUUGUUGCUGAAAUAGUAUUGAUGCAUCCCUGUUAGCAGAAGAAACCGGUUUGUGUAAUGUGUGUUGGAUGGAGUACAAAAACACGUUUUGUACCUGUGAGAUGGGUCAUGUUGAGUGUUGUGUUUGGGUAGCUGAUACACGUAUCAUGUGUUCUGUUGUACAUUUGUUACAUAAAAAGAUUAUUUGAUCUAAACAUAAA